AUGCGACCCGAAGUGUCCCUGUCGCCGGAAGGGGCGGGUGCGGGCCCUGAGGGCGCCGCAGCUCGUCCGACCGCAGACUUCACUUACAGAGUCGCCUUCACUCGCCAUGCAUCCUUGGCUAUCCGACGCUCUGCGUCCCUCCGCGCUCUUCUGCGCGACCGCCAGAGAGCCGCCGCGGCCUCGCCGUCCUCGUCUUCAACUGCGGCAGCUCAUAACGACGCACGCGGACUCCGUGCCGGCGACCCUGUGGGUGAGCAGGACGGCGGGGCGAGCGGGCCUUUGCUGCAAACCAGGCCCUCGCUGUUGGUGGAGAUCGCGGCUGCGCGGGAGAGGAAGGCGAGAAGCGAAGAGGCGGGUUUGUCUGCGCCUGCAGACGCGGCACACUCUGGGCUGACGGCUGGCUUUCCAGCGUAUUUGACAAACGCGAAGGCCUUUCUGCGUGCGUGCAAGGAGAGCGCCGCGAACGCCGCUAGGAAAGCGGGGAAAUCGGGGGCGGAGACGGAAAUCGUCCUCGUCUUGGGGAACACGAGCGCAGAUCUGGACAGUAUCUCCGCGGCCGUCACCUACGCGAUGUUUCUGGAGUUCUGCCGCUUCACGUUUGAGCCUCUCGACACGUCUGCAGGGGCGGCGGACUCCGCAGCCGAUGUUUUUCCGCGCUUCGUUCCAUUCGUUCAGUGUCUCUCUUGCGAGUACUCCUACAGGCUGCAGACCCGAUGGUGGCUCGAGCACUGCGGGGCCGAGGUCGACGACGCGGCGCUUCUCUUUCAAGAUUCCCCCGCCAUACAGACUCUCCUGACGCAGCCCGCGGAAAGCGCGACGGCGCCGCUGCUCUGUCUGGUUGAUCACAAUGCCCUGACGCCGGCGAACAUUGCGCUUCAGAAAAACGUCAUUUCCAUUCUAGACCACCACGUGGUGCUGCCGGAGGCUCGCGCGUCGCUCGGCGCUGCGUUCGCCGUCGACAUUCCUGGUCCGAGCAUCGGCUCCUGCUGCACUCUCGUGGCGCAACUCUGGGGAGAACUCGAAACCGCUACCGAGAGCGUCCUGCAGGCUUCCAUGGACGCCACGCUCUUUCUCCUCGGCGCGGUCGCUGUCGACACAACCGCGUGCGACCCGUUGCUGUUCCGCGAUCGGUGGAAUCUCCCUGACAAAGAAGCUCUAGGCGCGCUCUGGCGACGCGCAGAAGCUGUUUUGCUUCCCCACGGCCUCCGGUCGCCUGAGGAGCUCGUCGAAGCGUUUGGCAAAAUUAAAUACGACGUUCCGCGGCAGCUGGCGCUGGGCCUUCCCGCGCUCAUGCGCGCCGACUACAAGGAAUUUCUGUACACAGGCGUCUGCGGCCGCGAUCUCAAUGUCGGCAUCAGUGCCCUCACUGUUCCGCUGGCGGAGAUCCUCGAGGCGCAGAGCGAAACACAGCAGCCGCCGCCUGAAUGUGCUCAGUCUUUCAGAGGUCUUCGCCUCGAAUUCGCGAAAGCAGCCGCUGAGCUGAUGGAGGAGCAGAACCUAAGGCUCGUCGUCGGUCUUUCGAACUACCGACCGCUGACGUCGCUUGCUUCGUCUGCCGGCUUGCAACGGCAAGUCGCAAUGAUCGCCAAAAAAGAGUUUCAACAUCUGGCCGAAGGCGCCAUGAGUUUCAUCGUGAACGAUCCUGCCGCUGAGGCGGGCGCCCUACAAGAGCUGAAGAUUGACACCACGACGAAAGAACGAGAGUGCACAGAAGAGUUACGCCGCCUUUUGACUUCCUCCUUAACGGAUAUCUUCUUUCUAGACCACGUAAUCGGCAGCCAGAUGCCUUUCAGUUCCUCAGACAAAGGCGCGUCUAUCAUCCGCCUUUUAGUCUUCUGGCUAUCACGCCUUCCUGUUCGCGGAAACUCUUCGAGCCGAUGCUGCGCACUUACUUUUCCUCCCUCGACAAAGCCUGAGGCUGACUCAGGGGCGGCGCGGGCUGGGCUUUCUGGUGACACUGCGUUUACGCAAGGUUCGCGGCGAGAGCCGGCGAGAGCAGAGCCGAAGACUACCAAGUGCGAGUUGAAACCAAAGAUUGGGGGGAUGAUGGCGGACGUGUGA